UGAUCAGUGAGCCAGACCACCGGUGAAAAUGUCUGUGAAGAUCCUCUCCAUCACUCUCCUCCUGCUCUCACUGUGUGUGAGCUGCCACUCCUCUAAAGAUUCAGGUGGUCCUGGAAAGACACGUCCGUGCUGCGUUGACGUCACCACAAUCGAUAUGAGCCCUGAGGUGGUUGGGGAAACCUAUCAUGAGCUGACUGCAAGACCACCCUGUGUGAAGGCUAUACUUUUCAACACAGAAUAUGGACAACUUUGUGCGGAUCCAAACGCUCAGUGGGUCAAGGAUCUCACUGCCAAAAUGAGGAAGGAGUGAAGUCUGUCUGCUACAUCAGUAUUUUCAGUAUUUCCAUCACCUUUAAAGGCUUCAAACCAGAACGCUUUCUCAGCUUGUCUUGAAACUUUUUUUGCAUUUGUAGAUUAAUUUUUACUCUUACCUGUGGAGUAAACCUGUAUUUUAUUCACGCUGUUGACUUCAUUGUUUUUUAACUGAUCAUUGGAGGUCAGGUUUUAUUUGUCUUUUUUUUUUUUUUUUUUGCUUAUUUGUGAA